AUGGUUGCGGAGCUGGAUUUAGGGGCUACAGAGCCAGCUAUCAGCGUGGAUAUGGCGGAUACGGACCAGGAUGCUGUGGAUACAACGGCGGUUAUGGUCGAGGUUACGGAGCAGGGUACGGUCAAGCUUAUGGUGGUGCGUAUGGUGCAGGUUACGGCAGAGGUGGUGGCGGGCUUGGCUUGGGUUUAUUAA